UUCAUCCUCUCUCCUCGACAGGCAGAGCUCCAGUGCAGUCCUCACCGUCGCCAUGAGCUAUUCAGUCCGCAGCAGUAGAAGUGGAGGUGGGAGUCUGGGCGGAGGCUUCAGCGGAGGCGCGGGCGGAGGUGUGCGUAGGUCGUACGCCUCCAGUGUGCACGUGGGUUCGGGAGGCAGCGGGCCGAGGAUCUCCGUGUCCUCCGGCAGCUUCCGAGCUGGAGGCGGUGGAGGCGGCUAUGGCUUUGGCGGAGGCGCGGGUGGAGGCUUCGGGGGAGGCGGAGGCGCAGGCUUCGGUGGAGGCGCAGGUGGAGGCUUCGGCGGAGGUGCAGGUGGAGGCUUCGGCGGUGGCUUCGGCGGAGGCGAUGACAGCAUCACAGUCAGCGAGAAGGCCACCAUGCAGAACCUGAACGACCGCCUGGCCUCAUACCUGGACAAGGUGCGGAACCUGGAAAAGGCCAACGGCGAGCUGGAGCUCAAGAUCCGCCAGUUCCUGGAGGGCAAGACCUCCCCCAGUGCCCGUGACUACUCUGCUUACAUGGCCACCAUCGCCGAGCUGCAGGGGAAGAUCCAGGAAGCCAUCGGUGUCAACGGAUCAGUCUAUCUCGCCGUUGAUAACGCAAAACUGGCAGCCGACGAUUUCAGAACCAAGUUCGAGAACGAGCUCGCCAUGCGUCAGUCAGUGGAAGCAGAUAUCGCCGGUCUGAAGAGAAUGUUGGAUGAGCUGACACUGUCCAGGUCCGACCUGGAGAUGCAGAUAGAAGGUCUGAAGGAGGAGCUGAUCUUCCUGAAGAAGAACCACGAGGAGGAAAUGGCAGCCAUGAAGCACCAGAUGAGUGGACAGAUCAACGUGGAGGUCGACGCCAAGCCACAGCAGGACCUCAACGCAAUUCUGUCUGAGGUGCGCGAGCAGUACGAGCAAAUGGUCGCAAAAAGCAAGAGGGAAAGUGAAACCUGGUUCAAUGCAAAGUCAGAAGAGGUGAACAAGGAGGUGGCGGCCAGCACAGAAAGCAUACAGACGUCAAAGACAGAGAUCACUGACCUCCGCCGCACGCUGCAGGGCCUCGAGAUCGAGCUACAGUCACAACUGAGCAUGAAAGCGUCCCUGGAAGGCACGUUAGCCGACACCGAGGCACGGUUCGCUAUGAAGCUUCAGAACUUCCAGAUGAUGGUGACGUCCUUGGAAGAACAGCUGGUGCAGCUGCGCGCUGACAUGGAGCGGCAGCAGAGGGAAUACCAAAUGCUGCUUGACAUCAAGACGCGGCUGGAGCAGGAGAUUGAAGUGUACAGGAAGCUGUUGGACGGAGAGGGCAGCAUGGGCGGUGGUGGUGGUGGUGGUGGUAGCCAUUCCUCAACGUCCAGGACCACCAAAACAGUGGUGGUGGUCACAGAGGAGCUGAAAGACGGCCAGGUGGUGUCCCAGUCCUCAACCACCACCAGCAAAUAACCUGACGGCAAACACAAGGGCGAGCGACACGCGACGACCACAACGUCUGAGUCCCAAAAUGCCUUUGUUCACACAGCAAUGCAAUAAAAGCUCUGUUUGCUGA